AUGACUGUUUUAUUACACUCUUCCUUUUGCAAUAUAUAUUCGGCACAAGUUAAGGGCCCGUGGACUUCCUUUACACGCCAGAUGUUCUCUAAGCUGUGCCUCCAAGAUGGCAAAGCACUAGUCAGAGUCAAAACAUUUAGUAUCAGUCGGGUAUAUGCUAUCAAUUUCCAAAAUAUUGACGCAUUACCUCCAAAGUUCAUGGGCCUUGAGGUCCCACAUUUCAUCGAGCAAGUUGAGAAGAACAGCAAAUUGUCCUUGACAGUUGGCGACGAAGUCCUCGCUUUAUCAUAUGGGGGUGUAUACGCCGAUUAUACCACACUCUCAACUCACGUGUUAAUCUACAACCACAUCAUUUAUCUUGGAAAGAAGCUGCAUGGAUUCCAGGACUUAGCCUAG